CGAUUCUGUUUUCGACAAAACCUGUAAGAUUGAUGUAAUUGAUGUUUUCUUUUCUUUUUGAUCAUGUACAUACGGUACACGUGAAAAAAAAUCCAAUGGGAAUGGAGGGAUAUCCCAGAGAGCAUAGCUCAAUUUCACAGAUAUUUUCGCGUGCUGAUGAAGAAUGUUUUGGUGGAGAUUUAAUCGAUGUUGUGGGCGCUCUUGCAAUUCUCAUUGGAGGCUCUAAGUGAGUGUCCCACUCAAAAUGAGCAUAACGGGAAUGCUGUGGAUGUUGAAGAUUCACGGCACAAGAGGAGGGAAUGUGUGUAUGCACGAAAAGCGUAUAUGGGAAGCCGAAGAAUGGUUUGUGGUGGAGAGAGAAGAUCCAAGAAAUUCAACAGGCAAGCAAACUCGCAAUUUCAUUUCACGUUCUACGUUCAAUGGUGAUGGAAGGUUGGAUGUGACUAGAAAGAACUGGUUAUCUCAGAGUGAUCGCGAGGAAUAGAGCUAUGGACACGUGAAAGUGAUCUCCUCCUCCACAGAAUAAACUGUUUAAUUGCAUAACUGGGAAAAAGUGUUUCUAACCGGACAUUGUCUCAGAUUACAAAAUAAAGCUAGAAAUGAGUACACUGAAAAGAGUGAUAUGUUUCCUGGUGAUAGUGAUGCUCCUUGCUGUGCUGUGUGAUGGCAGGAAGUCCAUGAGUCGUCGGACAAGGAAACGAUACAAGGAGUAUCAAUUGCGUGAGACAACACCACCGAAUUUUGUGAGACUUGUCAUAAUGAGGCUGAUAUAUGGCAUUGCCUCAUCAUUUGGCAUGGAGGAGCGCCUAUCUGGAUUCCUGGGCGGAAUCUUUGUUCCACCUGGAGCUGAGGAUGAUGACUAUGGGGAUUUUGGCGGUUUUGGGGACUUUGAUGAGGACGGUGGAGGAUUUCUCGAUAUACUGUGAAGACAGAAGCUGCUGACUGUGACAUGAUAUCCCAUCAAUCACCCUAGAUUUAUCCACGAAUCAACCACACUCUUCAUUGUUAAUCUAUUCUGUGUAACAAAAGCAAUAAUGUUCUCUGUUGAGGUACAUCGUAUAUUAGAGAUUUAUUUUGUAU